AGUAAUCGUUACAAGAAAAUCUAAAAAUAAUUGUUAAUUUUCCAAAUAAUAAUUUAAUCUUUGUGGUGGUCUCGUGUCACAAUAGCUUAUUGUAAAAUUUGAGACGGAGUUUUGUGUUUGUGAAUAUGUUGGUAUUUGAUUGGGUAUUUGCCUAAUUCCAGCAUUAUAAAAAUGCCUAAAAUACCGUAUCGAGCUGAGAAAUCGCGGGAGGAAGACGAAGAUUAUGAAAUCGUUUCGUUCGAGGAUUUCUGCGAUAAAUCGCCGGGGUCUAAAACGGAUUUGUUGACCUUAAAUGAUAAUAUAAACUACCGCCUCUGUUAUGAGAGUGAUAAGUCGCCUAAUAACGCGGCUAAGUACGGCGAGUCUUCGAGCAAGGAUGGCGAGAUUCACACGGAGACGUCCCUGAAUGGUUCUAAGAAUGUUACUUUCAAAAGGAAGAUGUCGAAUAGCUUUGCGCCCUUUGGGAGGUAUAACGCGAAGUCUGGAAGGGCGCCUCUGUUUAGUGGGGUCAUACCCAAGGCUAGGAAUGAAGGCGAGGGUUCCCGGGAGCAUAGAUACCAACGCUUCUCCGAACAACGCAACUGGAUCCACCGCGCUUGGGAACAGGUGUCCACCGCUGGGCCGGGAAUGCUGGGCGUGGCGCUUGUGUGCGCGCUGUGCGUGGGCGCUUGGUGGGCGGCAAGCGGCGCCCUGGGAGGCGCCUGGGGCGAAGAGCACUACAGGAAGCUAUGGGAGAGAGCUCACCCUGACAACACCAAGAAACCACCUACACCAAUCACGUACGAAAAGUGUUUCCCAAUGUGCCGGCCGCGCCUGGGAUGCCAUGCGCUGGAGAGGAUAGCAUAUAGAAAUCCUAAGGGCCUUGCCACACUGGAUUCAAACGGAUUGCAAACGGAGCGGCGCGGCGCGGCGGGUACCGCAAUCCGCCAGUAUGGCAAGGCCCUUAGGGAGCAUUCAAGUAUUACGUAA